CAGAAUGGCACACGAUACACAGAAACAUGAUUCCAAUUCUACGAAUGUGUUGCACAGUUUGGCGGCGGGCGCCAUCGCUGGUGCUUUAACCAAGAGUACAAUCGCUCCAUUAGAUAGAACUAAAAUCAAUUUUCAAAUAUCUCAAGAACCGUAUUCUAGUAGAGCUGCGUUUAAAUUUUUGGCUGAUACUUGUGCAAAAGAUGGUUUUAUAUGGUUAUGGCGAGGAAAUACUGCCACCAUGACCAGAAUCAUCCCAUAUGCAGCCAUCCAAUUUACAGCAUUUGAGCAAUGGCGAAAAUUGCUGAAGGUUGAUGAUCUAAAUACAAAAAAUAACGGAGGUCUUAAGUUUCUUUCUGGAUCUUUAGCUGGGGUAACAUCACAAACGCUAACUUAUCCUCUAGACUUGGCAAGAGCAAUAAUGGCAGUUUCUACCAAAGAUGAUUAUAAAUCGUUGGGAGAUGUGUUCAAAAAAACUUUCAAAGUAGAAGGUAUAAGAGGUUUUUAUCGAGGAUAUGUUCCAACAAUACUUGGAAUUAUACCAUAUGCAGGUACUAGUUUUUUCACAUAUGGCACGUUAAAGACAUUUAUGAAAGAAAAACAUGGAUAUGAAAAUACGGUUGUGAAUGUAGCAUGUGGCGCAGUGGCAGGCAUGGCUGGUCAAUCAUCAUCAUAUCCUCUAGAUAUAAUUAGGCGAAAGAUGCAAACAUCAAUGAUUACAGGAAUAAAUUACACAAACCUUAGAACGACAUUUAUGAUAAUUUAUAGAACUGAAGGCAUUAGACAAGGCUUUUACAAGGGUCUAAGUAUGAAUUGGAUCAAAGGUCCAAUUGCUACCGGAAUUAGUUUUGCUACAUACGACUUUGUAAGGAAAACUUUAAAGAACAUUUGAAGUUAUUAAUAUUAUUUUUCACCAUAAAUGUACCUAAUUUA